CACACAACUCAAACCAUAAAUAAGCAAAACAGAACAUAUAAACUUAGAAUAUGUAUAUAGUUUUACCAUUUUAGAUCAUUGAAGAUUGAACGAAAACUGUGUGACGUCAAAAUCACUUUCAUUUGCACCAAGAAAAAACAAUAAUUACGGAGGCUUUCAACGUUAUAGUAGAGCAAAAUAGUUACGAAAAACUGGCCAUUUAAGAAACUCCAGACCGAUUUUCUGUCAUGACUAAUGUGAGUGUUCGAUUCAACCGAUUCAAUUGGAUCUCUUCGGUUUUGCUAGUCGUGUUGUUCUCGGCCCUCGAGUGCCGCGGGGGAACUGUGGCUUGUUCGGAUGAUUCCAUGUGCGAGUGGGCCAAUGUAUGGGAUGACGAUAUUGGAGUUGAGUGUUGUGAUCAUGACAACACAUGCAGUCAUGACUGCAGUCUUGAGCUGGUUGGGUUCUACAUACUGGUGAUUGCUCUGCCGAUUGUGUUUUGUGGCUGCCUACUUGGAGUUAUUACAUGUGUGUCAUGCUGUAUUAUCAAUGCACAGAAAACCCACGAGUCGACACAAGCUUGGAGAAGCGACGUCUCUGCUAAUUAUGGAGUCCCGAUGGAGCCUCCACCAUACUCCAGCUAGUCAUUUUUACCCAGCUAUACCACUCAUGUUUUAAGACAAUCAACUGUUAAAUUUUUAGAUUUUUUUCAGUUCAUCCCCGUUUGAAUUUUUAUGACAAAUUAGAAUGUAAAUUAUGUAUUUUGUAUCAUUUCUUUUUAGAAAAUUUUUUUCUGGCAA